UGAGCUGCGGGACCAUUUUCACCUAUAUAAAUAGUAGCAUGUAGAGUGAAUAAAUAUCAAUAAGUAUAAACCAUACUCAUCAACUUAGAAUUCCCUUUGUAAUGGCGUUAAGCAAGCUUCUUGUGUUGGGGUUGUUACUUCUAGUGUGCAUCUCUAAGAUUUCAUCUGAUCAUGAGAUAGAAAUGGAAGAAGAUGAUGAACUUCAGUUACCUGAUGAUAAGCUGCUUAUUGUCCGAGACGGAAACAGAAGGCUAAUGUCUGACAUAGAUUGUGGAGGAUUAUGUGGGUCUCGGUGCAGUGUGCAUUCAAGGCCCAACUUAUGCAAAAGGGCAUGUGGGACUUGUUGUGUGAGGUGCAAAUGUGUUCCACCUGGUACUUCUGGCAAUAGAGAGUUUUGUGGGGCUUGUUACACUGAUAUGGUCACUCAUGGCAACAAGACCAAGUGCCCUUAGAGGGCUUCUAAAAAGCCCAUAUAUAAUGGGCCUAAUUAGUUUGGGCUCUCUUCACUUCCUACUUAGUACUUACUAGCUAGUGUGGUUCAUUUAGUAAAUUGUGUGUUUGUUUGGGUUAUCAAAAGAAGAAGAGGUAUUUCUUAUGUUGCUGUUGUAGGUGUACACCUUUGUGUUUGUAGGAUUUUGAUGUAGGGUUAUCUGUUAUGGUAGCUAGACAUGAAUCAUAUGUAUAAACUAUGUUUAAGAUAGUUUUUAAUAUAAACUAGUGUACUACUAUUUUGUAA